AUGAUUGUUCAUCCACAAAAUGGCAAAGAUCCCAUUGAUCUGCUAAUAGAUACUGUUUAUCCUAAUCUCAUUGAAAAUUCUAUGAACAUUACUUUUAUAAUGGAAAGAGCAAAACUAACCCCAUUAAACAAUGAUGUUGAUGAAAUCAAUGGGCGAAUUAUGGCCAAAUAUCCUGGAGAACAAUAUACAUAUUAUAGCUUUGAUUCAACACCAGAAGACAAAACAAAUCUAUACCCAAUUGAAUAUCUUAAUUCCAUAACAUCUCAAGGUCUCCCUCCACAUGAACUCACUCUGAAAGUCAAUGCUCCUAUCAUGUUAUUUAGAAACCUAGAUCUGGUCAACAGACUUUGCAACAGAACAAGACUUAUCUGUCAGCAAUUCCAAUCCUGGAUAAUUGACACCGAAAUAAUAACAGAAAACCAUCAAGGUAAAUGUGUAUUUAUCCCUAGAAUUCUCCUUAUGUCAACAGAAGAUACCAGAUUACCUUUUGUUCUAAAAAGAAAGCAAUUCCCUGUAUGGCCAGCAUUUGCCUUGACUAUCAACAAAUCUCAAGGUCAAAUGCUACCCUAUGUUGACCUAUAUCUUCCAUGGCCCAUUUUCUCUCAUGGACAAUUAUAUGUGACUAUGUCAAGAGUACAUAAAGCAUGUAAUCUCAAUGCAUUGGUAAAUAACAGAACAGGUCGGAAUUUAUACAAAAAACAUUGUAUAUAA